AUGGAAAUGACAAACAAUAAAACACAUUGUUUUACAUGCAAUAAAGAAAAAAUAACAUAUUCUUGUAAAGGAUGUUCAAAAGAAUUUUGUUCAGUUCAUUUAACAGAACAUCAACAAAACUUAAAUGAAGAAUUAGGUUAUAUCACCAAUGAAUAUAAUGAAUUAAAACAAAAAAUUAAUGAACAAAAACAAAAUCCACAAAAUUUUCCAUUAAUAAAACAAAUUAAUCAAUGGGAAAUAAAUUCAAUUCAACAAAUUCAACACAAAGCACUGGAGUACAGAGAAAUCAUCAUUAAAUACUCACAAACAUGUAUUAAUGAUAUUGAACUGAAAUUCAAUGAUUUAAAUGAACAAAUCAAACAAAUUCAUAGAGAAAAUGAAUUUAAUGAAAUUAAUUUAAAUCAUUUAAAAAAUCAAUUGAUGAAAAUUACACAAGAAUUAAAUAACCCAUCAAAUAUAUCUAUUCAACAGAAUUUUCUUCUUAUUCUUUUUUUCAUCAAAAUGUUUUAUUUUCAUCAUUUUCUAGAACCAAAAUUCAAUAAAUGGAAACAAAAUGGCAUCGCUGUAGCUGGUGGAAAUGAACAUGGACAAGAAUAA